UCCGAUCGUUUCAAUGUCUCAAUCGUCGCGUUUUCGCGAUCUCCGACUUUCCCGAGCGCUCUCCACCUGAAUUUUCCGAGGUUCUCGACUUUUUUUCCAUUUUCCUCAUUAGCCACACGAUUUACCGCGGUUAUUUAGUGUUUUUUUACGCUCAUUCUCCAUCGGGAAAAAUGUUACUUAAGCCUGACAGUAGAGUGAUAAAUCGCACUACGCGUCUCAUUAAAAUUUUGGCAAAAAUCUCCAAUUUAUCACGAUCACAAUCUAAAAAAUUCUAGGAAAAAUAGUUUUCAUGUGAUUAUAACGUUGUUAUGUGACUGAUUUUUUUUUUAAAUUAAACAAUGAAUAAUAAUAAAAGGAAUCAGCUAAAAAUGUCCAAACUAAGGCAUUCCAGUUUGGACUUGGCUGAAGUCGAAAUGAAGAAAAAGCAACAUCAGGACGUGCUGACCAGGGCCAGGAACAAGUUUUUGAUGUUGAGUGAUGCUUUGAAGAACAGGAAAGCCGACGAGAAUCAGAAUAACAGGCCUUUGCCGAAGAGCAUGACUCAGUGUACCUUGGAUUAUUUGUUUAAGCAUUCGCAGGAGAAGGAUAAGAACCAUCAUGGUUAUCAUGCUGACGGCUCCGAAAACGCACCUCUUCAAAGACAAACCUCCGUAGGCUCGUACCCCAUCGAAAUCCGGGUGUCUUCCUACGAAAACGACCUGGAUGAAGACCCAGAAGGAAUUUUCAUCCCAAUCAGUCGCCUCAGGCCAGCGACAGUCUGCGUUGACAGCCCGAGCGUCAACAGGCGCAGCGACGCAGACGCUCUGGCCCUUGAAAGGCCCAGAAAGAAACUGAGUUUCAAAGAACCCGAAGCAGUCACCCUCAAGAAAACACCAAAGAAAUCAACCAUUAAUCAUAAACCAGACGAAACAAUUCAUAGGAAAAUAUCGCAACAUGUAACAACCAAUCAGAAACCAGAGUCAGAGACUCAGGCGAAGAAGCCGGUGACCAAUCACAGGCAGGAUGAGAGUCAGGCGACCAAGACCAAAAACGGGCAUGGUUUCAAUAAGUGGGGGUUAAAAACUAUGAUUAGUGGUGGGGGGAAGAAGAGUUCUGAAGGGGAGGGGGAGUUUACGUUGGGGAAAGGGAUCAAGAGUAUGGCGGGGUUGGGGUUGAGUGUGGUAACGAAUGGGGUCAAUAGGACUCCUAGUUUUGAGGACCGUGAUUUGGAGAGUCAAGCUUUAAGGGUGGUCAGGACAGUGGGCCAGGCCUUCGAAGUGUGCCAUAAACUAUCCAUCGGAGCUCCAGAGGAUAACCUGGACGACGAGCAGGAGACCACUGUGACGCAGGACCUGCUCAGCGAUCGGCUGAGCGACGUUGCCAGUGACAAGCCCAAAAAAGACCUAGACACUAACAGCGAUAGGAAUUCCUUAAAUUUGGACGAAGCCAGUUUAAAAGACUCGUAUUUAGACACUAGCGUUAAGACGAACAAGACGAAUUCUCCACGUUUGGGAGUACUACCACCGCCACCUGUCAACAAUCAACCCAGUUCCAGGAAAAAUUUACCAUUGCAGGCGGAAACGUACGCGGCGCCUCACAGCGACGGCUUGGGCAAUAACUCGAACACGGGCAGUACCGGUACGACUAUGCCACCUCCCGGAAGUGCUCCCUGUCUUCACACCACGAACUUCAGUUGCUCAGAGAGCAACUGGAUCAGCAGAAACAGCAGACUCAGGCGGCCAUGGCUCAGUUGCAGCUGGCUAGGGAGCAGCUACAAGCUGAACAGACUGCUAGAAUGGAGGCUCAAGCUAGAACUCACCAACUUUUGGUGCACAACCGUGAACUUUUGGACCACAUAGCCGCCCUCGUAGCUCACCUACAGGGUGGCGAAAAAACAGGCCAACAGUCCAGCCAACCACAAAUGACAAUGCCUCAAUUAUCCUCAGCUGCCAAAGUGGAACGUUGGUUCGAGCUUCUGGAACCCCUAUCCAUAUCCAGACCCGAGAGUGGAUUCGUAUCCUGCCAGGACAACGAUCCAUGCGACUACGACGACGAAAAAUUCUGGAAGGUACCAGGAACCUGCUGUCCAAACUCAGCGCUAGAAAACAAAGGAAACUGCUAGGGCUCAAGUUGGGCAAGGUCACGACCUUCUGACGAAUAGGCAACACCCUGGGCAGGCUGUUCGGCAGACUUCGUCGUCGCAAAUGACAGAAACUGGUGACAUUUUAUAAUUGAAUUCGCGUCAAUUAUAAUUAUGUCAAUUGUUUUUCUAUUGGUUGUACAUAGGUUAUAGAGAAAUCGUUGUAGAUAAAUAUGUAUUUUCUGCCAUAUCAGUACUUAAGUAUAUAAUGUUUAAAAAUUGGUGUACAAUGUGUCCAUAUCUAUACAGGGUGUCCUAGAAAUAAGUGCAAGUUCUUUAAGGGGUAGUAGAUUUCGACAAAAGAAACAUAUUUACUCUUUAUCGUUUUUUAAAUAAGUCUAAAAUAACAGAGUUAUUUUACUUUGAAAUUUCCACACCUGUAAUUUUUAACUAAUUAAAACGUGUUUUUUUGAC